GUAGCUUCAAGGAAGAUGGCUAGUGGAAGCCUGAAAAGACUUGUAUCUUCAGCAGUCACUCUUGGUGUGACCGAAGCAAGAGCAAGGAUUUUUGGGCAUAUGCUUAACCCAAUGGGACAGAGAUCUCCUCAUAAGAUACUAAGGAAGAAGCUUUUUGGUGAUAAGGUUGCAGAAUGGUAUCCAUACGACAUCAAGAAUGAGGAUCCUAAUGUCUUGGCUAGAGAAGAACAAGUGUACUUUUCCGAAACCUUUCUUGGAAUGAGAAAGAAACAUGAUAUAGGAACUAUGAGUGUUGUACUUGAAUGGUUGUGUUACGUGAGGCUUAUGCAGAGUCGUGUGCUUGAGUUUCUGUGGCGCAUAUCGAAGCUUGAAAUGUUGAAGCGUCGUGACAAAGGACCGCCAAAGAAGGGUCACGGAAAACGUGCUGCGAAGCGUAACAAGUAG